GGCUGUCGCUCUUAUUCAAUAACACUUGAAGCUGCAUGAUGAAACACAUGAGAGGAAACUGAACUCAGGAAAAACGAAAACAUCGUAGUUUAAAGCAGGAAACGCGGGCAGGCGGCAGGGGAGGAUGUCUCAGAUGUUGAGGCUUCUCUCGGCGGCCGCGCUGCCGCUCCGCCGGGCUGGAGGAGCCGGGGCUCGGCUGUCCGCGGUGACGGCCAGGCGGCUCCUCAUCCCCGGCCACUGGAGCACACCUGUCCCGAACGUGGCGGUGAGUCCGGUGAACCUCCUGUCCCGCCGGCUGCUGCACUCGGCUCAGCGGCUGCUGUCCUCCAGCGAGCAGAAAGAUGGAAAAGGGAAGGAGUCUGGAGGAGGAGGAGGAGGAGGAAGGUCAGGAGGGAAGAGAGGAGGAGGAGGAGGAGGAAAAGACUGGUGGAGCCGCAUCCAGAAGGGCGACUUCCCCUGGGACGAGAAGGAUUUCCGCUACAUGGCGGUGACGGCGGCCGGCGUCACCUCGGCUCUGCUCUACUUCUACUUCAGAGACAGCGGCAGGGAGAUCAGCUGGAAGGACUUCGUCCACCGCUACCUGGGCAGAGGCAUGGUGGACCGGCUGGAGGUGGUGAACAAGCAGUACGUCAGAGUGAUCCUGGUGCCGGGAGCCGACUCCUCAGAGGGGAGCUUCGUCUGGUUCAACAUCGGCAGCGUCGACACGUUUGAGAGGAACCUGGAGGCGGCGCACGCCGAGCUCGGCCUGGAGCCGUCGCACCGCGCCGCCGUGGUCUACAGCACGGAGAGCGACGGCUCCUUCCUGUUGAGCAUGAUCCCCACCUUGCUGCUGAUUGGCUUCCUGCUCUUCUCGCUGCGGCGGGGGCCGAUGGGAGCGGGCCCCGGCGGCGGCAGGGGCGGGCCCUUCAGCAUGAGCGAGUCCACGGCCAAGAUGAUGAAGGACAACAUCGAGGUGAAGUUCAAGGACGUGGCAGGCUGCGAGGAGGCCAAGCUGGAGAUCCUGGAGUUCGUCAACUUCCUGAAGAACCCGCAGCAGUACCAGGACCUGGGGGCCAAGAUCCCCAAGGGGGCCGUGCUGUCCGGACCCCCCGGCACAGGGAAGACUCUGCUGGCCAAAGCGACGGCGGGCGAGGCCAACGUGCCCUUCAUCACCGUGAACGGCUCCGAGUUCCUGGAGAUGUUUGUGGGCGUCGGCCCGGCCCGGGUGAGGGACAUGUUCGCCAUGGCGAGGAAGAACGCCCCCUGCAUCCUCUUCAUCGACGAGAUCGACGCCGUGGGACGCAAGAGAGGAGGAGGGAACUUCGGAGGGCAGAGCGAGCAGGAGAACACGCUGAACCAGCUGCUGGUGGAGAUGGACGGCUUCAACACGGCCACCAACGUGGUGGUCCUGGCUGGAACCAACAGACCUGACAUCCUGGACCCGGCCCUCAUGAGACCGGGACGCUUCGACCGGCAGAUCUACAUCGGUCCUCCGGACAUUAAGGGCCGGGCGUCCAUCUUUAAAGUUCACCUCCGGCCCAUCAGGCUGGACCCCAGCAUGGACCGGGACGCCCUCGCCAGGAAGAUGGCCGCCGCCACGCCCGGAUUCACCGGCGCCGACAUCGCCAACGUGUGUAACGAGGCGGCGCUGAUCGCCGCCCGCCACCUCAACCCGUCCGUCAACGCCAAGCACUUCGAGCAGGCCAUCGACCGCGUCAUCGGAGGCCUGGAGAAGAAGACUCAGGUGCUGCAGCCCACAGAGAAGAAGACGGUGGCGUAUCACGAGGCCGGCCACGCCAUCGUGGGCUGGUUCCUGCAGCACGCCGACCCCCUGCUCAAGGUGUCCAUCAUCCCCAGAGGGAAGGGGCUGGGCUACGCGCAGUACCUGCCCAGAGAGCAGUACCUGUACAGCCGGGAGCAGCUGUUCGACAGGAUGUGCAUGAUGCUGGGGGGCCGCGUGGCCGAGCAGGUCUUCUUCAGCAGGAUCACCACCGGAGCUCAGGACGACCUGAAGAAGGUCACGCAGUCGGCCUACGCUCAGGUGGUGCAGUUUGGGAUGAGCGACAAGGUGGGCCAGGUGUCGUUCGACCUGCCGCGGCAGGGCGACAUGGUGCUGGAGAAGCCGUACAGCGAGGCGACGGCCGAGCUCAUCGACGAGGAGGUGCGGGAGCUGGUGGAGCGAGCGUACCAACGGACGCUGCAGCUCAUCCUGGACAAGAAGGAGCAGGUGGAGCUGGUGGGGCAGCGCCUCCUGCAGAAGGAGGUGCUGGAUAAGGCCGACAUGCUGGAGCUGCUCGGCCCGCGGCCGUUCGAGGAGAAGUCGACGUACGAGGAGUUUGUGGAGGGGACGGGGAGCUUCGAGGAGGACACCAGCCUGCCGGAGGGCCUGCAGAACUGGAACCAGGAGCGAGGAGGCGAGGCCGAGGAGGCCGGCCCGCCGCAGGACAAGCAGCAGGCCGCCUAGAGCCGAGCGCCGCUUCCUGUCGCCAAAACACAACUCAGAUGUUUCACCGCUACCUGAUUUUAUCACCGAGGCCGCUCUGUCCGGCCAGACCAGGGAAUCGAACCAGCAACCUGCCAACCCGCACACCUCCAGCCCUGCAAAAUGAGAAGUGUAACACCAAACCGAUUCUGAUUUUCACUUGUUUUUACUGUUUUUCUGAAGAGGCUUAGAGAUCUGUGAUUUAUUUCAACUAGGUCACAGCAAACUGGUGCAUUUACAACAAAAAAACAAAAGAAAACAAGAAAGGUAAGAGCUCGGACUGUUCCAGUGUCGACGUGUUGGACUGGGACACGUUUACUGGUCGGACUGGAAACGUCUCUGCGCCUUAAACUCACCAGACAGAGACAGGAAGCUCAGCGACUCCACGUUUAGAAAUGUGCUUUUUCUUUUUCGCUGAUGAUGUUCUGUGAUAUUCCCGAGGUGAGUGUAAAUUUUGUACAUUUACACCGUGUGAACAGAUUUGAGUUUUUAUUUAUUUUAUCCGAAGGGAUCAGCUCCCUGCGACUGACUUUCCAAAGCAGCUUCUACUCUGGAGAAUUUUCUUGAAAAAAAAACAAAUCAUCCCAGAUUCAUGAAUUUUUAGGUAUUUUUUACCGUUGAUCUGAGUGGCCUGAGAUUUAUGUGCAAAAUUCUUUCUAGUCUUUUUGAAGGAGCUUUUUUUUUUUUUUUUUUUUUUUUUUUUUUAAAGGUUGAUGCAGAGAUUUUUUGCGUUGACUCUUUGACGAGCGUGUUUCAGGCUGCAGACGCUGCGGCCAACAUGCAAGAAGAAAAGCUUCAGCUGUUUUGAGUUUGGGCUGAUCUCAGUGCCGUUAAAAAAAAAAAAAAAAAAAAAAAAAAAAAAAAGCCCACCUCUCUGCCUGCAGGUGAUCAUGUGAUCCGUCAGGAAGCUGCUGCAUCACCAGCUGAGUGUUGCUCUUCUCAUUCAUAGAAGAUCUUUGACAUUUCGCUCAGUUCUGUGUGAAGGACUGAAGCUAAUUCCUCUGUCAAACGCUGCUGAGUUAAAGGAAGAUUCCCCCCGAAAACAUUUGAACCCUGGCUGCUGUGAUGUACUUUGAUAUAGUUUGGUGUCGGGCUGCAAUUAUAAAACUAUAAUUAGCAAUUAAUUCCCUUGAUAUUGUAUUCAUGAUUUAAAGAAUUGGAUUCAUACAGUUGCAGUUUAAGCAGCUGGAGUUUUAGGAGGUGAUUUCCAGAGAGGGAGGACGACACGGUGCCGCCUGUCCGCUCCUCCGAGCCCCAAGUUUGAAAUGUGGAUUAUGGAUUAUUAGAUGUAGUGAUAUUAUCGUCGAGGUCCUGAUUAAUACACGAUCAGCUGUGCAGCCUCAGGUGGAGUCUGUUUCUUCUGGCCAAUCGCAGACGAGCUGACGUCACGUCCAGUUAAAUUAAAUUAAAUUCAAAUAUCAUCGAUAAACUUCAGGUUUUGACUCAGGAGAUUUUAUCACAAAAACAGAGAAAGUUGUUGACUUUUUUUUCCACAAAGUGUUGCCGUCGAUCGUGGGAUCGACCUUGUUUUCUCUCGCUGAAGCCCCGCCCCCUCGGUGGUGCUCAGGUGAGACUGUUGGCUCUGAGGGAAGCUCACCUGAGCUCACCUGUGACCGCUGUGCUGGAAAACCAAUAAAGAAGCUGAUGAUU